GCUCCAUCCUCAAGGAUGUGCGGCGGCGGCGGCUGCUGCUAAGGCUGCUCGCUGGCGGCACAAACCGCCUGUGCGUGUCUCGCUUCAACGUUGGAGAACGGCGGCUGCUCCUUUCUCCGCGCUCUCCUUGGUAACCUCUCUGCCUUGCUUUCCCUGGGCUGCUCCUGCUGCUUUGUGGAUGUUGGCGGCUUCUUGUUGUGACAGGAGAAUGUGUGUGUGUCCUGGGCCCAGGCGGAUCGCAAUUCCUGUCAGAAGCUCCAGACUGCCAUUAUUCUCUGAUGCCAUGCCAGCACCAACUCAACUGUUUCCAUUGAUUCGUAACUGUGAGAUUGGCAGGAUAUACAAUGCAGUGUGCUACUGCCAUCACAAACAUCUUUGUUGUUUGUCACCUCAUUUGGCUCACAAUCAUUUGAGAUGUGCACCUCAGAAGAAACUUGCAACGCUCUGUCCAAAAGAGAAUUUUCAUCAGUUUAUCCAUGCAAGGAGCUAUGUUUCCACACCACAGAGAUUUUACCUCACUCCUCCACAGGUCAACAGCAUUCUGAAGGCAAAUGAAUACAGCUUUAAAGUCCCAGAAUUUGAUGGCAAAAAUGUAAGUUCUAUUCUUGGCUUUGAUAGCAACCAGUUGCCUGCUAAUGCUCCAAUAGAAGACAGGAGGAGUGCGGCAACAUGCUUACAAACAAGAGGAAUGCUUCUAGGUGUAUUUGAUGGCCACGCAGGCUGUGCUUGUGCUCAGGCUGUCAGUGAAAGACUCUUCUACUACAUUGCUGUCUCUUUGUUACCUCAUGAGACUCUACUUGAAAUAGAAAAUGCAGUGGAGAGUGGCCGUGCCCUGUUGCCCAUCCUACAGUGGCACAAGCAUCCCAAUGAUUAUUUUAGUAAGGAAGCUUCCAAACUGUAUUUCAACAGUUUAAGAACUUACUGGCAGGAGCUCAUAGACCUCAACACUGGAGAGACUACUGAUGUAAAAGAGGCUUUAAUUAAUGCUUUCAAGAGGCUUGAUAAUGAUAUUUCAUUAGAAGCUCAAGUGGGUGAUCCAAACUCUUUUCUCAAUUACUUGGUACUGCGAGUGGCCUUUUCAGGAGCAACCGCCUGCGUGGCUCACGUAGAUGGUGUUGAUUUGCAUAUUGCUAAUACUGGUGACAGCAGGGCAAUGCUUGGUGUUCAAGAAGAAGAUGGAUCUUGGUCUGCAGUCACUCUGUCCUAUGAUCAUAAUGCACAGAAUGAAAGUGAAAUAGAACGAGUAAAACUGGAGCACCCAAAAUCUGAAGAGAAAAGUGUUGUAAAACAAGAUAGGCUGUUAGGCUUAUUGAUGCCUUUCAGAGCUUUUGGUGAUGUGAAAUUCAAAUGGAGCAUUGAACUUCAGAAGAGAGUUAUAGAAUCGGGACCAGAUCAGUUGAAUGACAAUGAGUAUACCAAGUUUAUCCCUCCUAACUAUCACACUCCUCCAUAUCUCACAGCUGAGCCAGAGGUCAUACAUCACAAAUUAAGGCCUCAAGAUAAAUUCCUGGUGUUGGCUACAGAUGGCCUGUGGGAGACCAUGCAUAGGCAGGAUGUGGUUAGAAUUGUAGGAGAGUAUCUUACUGGAGUUCAUCACCAACAGCCAAUAGCUGUUGGUGGUUAUAAGGUAACUCUGGGACAGAUGCACGGUCUUCUAACAGAAAGGAGAGCCAGAAUCUCCUCGGCAUUUGAAGAUCAGAAUGCAGCAACUCAUCUGAUACGUCAUGCAGUGGGAAAUAAUGAGUUUGGCGCUGUCGAUCAUGAACGGCUGUCCAAGAUGCUUAGUCUUCCAGAAGAGUUGGCUAGGAUGUACAGAGAUGACAUUACAAUUAUUGUGGUGCAGUUCAACUCUCAUAUUGUAGGUGCAUGUCAAAAUGAGGAUUUCUGAAUUUUAAAUCUAUGUACAGUUUACCAAAGUUGUCAUAACAAUGACUAGUCUGAUCAGAAGACGAAAAUAUACUUUGGUGAGCAAACCAGAGUGUCUGCUUAUAGGAAUUAAAAUGUGUGCAAGUAUAUUUCUCCCUCAAUUGCCCAAAGUUUUAUUAACUGUGGAAAGUGCUAUUGAACUAAGUCUUCCAAGAAGAUGGCACAACAUGGAAAGAGGGACUUGAAACAAGUUUGCACUAUUGAAUCAAUGAAUGCUGCUAGAACAAUAUUUUGGGUUUGGUAGGGGUAGGUGAGAGGGAGGGAUAGAGAACUCUAUUAAUCAUCACAUUGUUUUGACUAGUCAUGAAACAAAGCCUGCUUGUAAAUAUCUAUAUGGCUAUCUUACUAGAUAAAGAUCGGAAUCUUGCUGAAUAUCAGAACUGAUAAGAAUGAAUUUUUGUCUGCAAAGUAGAUAUGGUUAUUCUGCAUGUAUGUGUGGUGUUUUGACCUUUAUUUUUUUUUCUCCCUAGGGGAAGGAAGAUGCUUUAAGUAAUAAGAAACUAACUUGAUAAAUUCUUAUCCUUGAGUUUUCCCAAUUUUGCUUAGACAAUGUCAUUCUUCACUUAACAUUCUAGGCAAAUAUAUAUGUAUUUUUAACUUUCAAAUGCAACUCUUUAAGCCAUAAUCAACCAGAACUUAAGAUAACUUGGUUAAGCAUAUUGGGAUCUCAUAGUAACUUAUACAAAUGCAGUCUUAAAUUCCCUCAUGUUGAUAGUCUUCUGCUUUUGGGGGGGAUUUUUUGCACAACUUUAAGGGCAAUAAUAUCUUUCUGCCAUCUCUGAAAAAUCAACUGCAUAAGAAAAUUCCAUUAUGGAAGACUUCAGCUUGCAGUAUGAAACUAUAACUGCUUUUUGCAAAACAUGGAAGUAUUUUCAGUCAGAACUGUGAUGCCUGUUCAAAAGGUCACAUCCUUGGCAGGCAAUACUACUGUUUGGUACCAAAAAUCUCCUCUAAUCACAUGAUGAAUUCUAAUAUGAACUUCUGAAGAGACUAGAAAAUCACUGUUAGCUAUUUGGUGGCUCAGUAAAUUGGCACUCAUGUUAACUUCUGUUGUGGUAGCUUCAGUUGGGUCACGUACUGGAUUACUUAAAUAUCAACAUCAGGGGAAAUUCACUCAUGUUUUAUAUAGGUUAGUAAAUUGAAAACAUCAUAAAGAUUAAAAUAGCUUGUAAAUAGGUGUACUAAUAGAGAAAACUAACUGGCCUGCAUGUUGUAUGCAUAACAAUAGUUGCUUUCUUGGCAUUACAACAUCAAUUACUGUAAAUCCUUUGAAAGAACUCAAUCAGUGAAUGCAUGUUCUCUUGCAUCCACAAUUUCAUGAUAGAAGAAAGUCUCUUAAAUGUUUCUCUGUAUUGUAAUAACUGAAUUGCAAAAUUAAAAGGAGAUGACAUGGUAUUUCAGACUAAAUUUUAUACAACUGUAACUACUGAACACAUUACUAAAGUUGGCAUAGAGGUCAUCAUAUCACAUUUUCAGUCCCUCUUUAACUUUUUAUCUAAAUAAGCAUAAUAUGAAACUGAGGGCUUUCUCAACUCAAAUAGCAUCAGUGGCCCUUUAUACACUUAGUGGUAUUCCUUGAAUUAAAAAACUUACCAUUCUGGCUUUUAUUGUAGAAACUUUGAUUACAUGUGUUCGCUUAGUAAUUAGUUGUUGUGAUCUUGUUUCUAGAGGCCCUGGAGCAGUUUUAGGUCACCCUGUUCAGUAUCUUCUAUGUUGCAUUAUAAUUAUAAAAAAAAGUCAGGAAGGUAUUUAACUCCCAUUUGGAGUUCUCCAUUAUAACUAACUUACUUAAGGAAUCUUCUGAGUCCAAUUAAUAUUAUAUAUGUUGUAAAAACAUAGUUUCCUGUCUUGGUUGGUCAUUAAGCUACUUGAGUUUUCCAAUAAACAUUAACACUACCAAGUAAGGUUACUACAACCACUGAACUUGUUUAUAGUACACACUAUUUUCAUUGUAUAAAUGCUGUGCAGCCUUAACUGCCUGCAGCCUUAACAAAAUAUGCUGGUCUUCCCUCUGUGGGUAGAAGAAACUUGAUCUUUACAGCAGAGCUUGAUUCAUUUCCUUCCUCCCUACCCCACCCCAAAUUGCGGAUGUUGUCUGGAAUGUGAAUGGCAAACCUGACCUUGGGGGGAGGAGAGAACAAAUUAUAAUGUCCCAAACAAGUGUUGGUUGUUAGUCAUCAUUGGCUUUGUAUGUUGCAUAUUAAUGACUAAAUGUCAUUAGAUAGGUCAGUAUGCUCUUUUUGUCUUCUCUUAUGCUGUCUUUUGUUCCCUUACGAAAUGUAUUUAAGCUGUUACAUUAUUUAGACUUCAUUACACUUUUCUACUGUUAAACAUAAUACAUAUAUUGAAAUGUUUAAUGUAUGUCUCUCAAUAGGGGUCUGGUACAAUCCUAACUUGUUAAACCUAAGACUGAUCCUCUGUGUACAAUAUUCAGUUAUAAAAAAGAUCUUUCUUUCAUACAAGAUGCACAUAUACAGGAUCAAAUGAACCAGUAUUUAUGUAGGGGCUGGAGAUUUACUCAAAAUGUAUGCAGUGAAUUGAAGCAGUAUAACUGUACUUGUUGAAUGCCAUAUGACAUAAUCUACAACAGUCUUCUAAUAGAGUUCAAUAAAAAAAAUCAGUUAUACAGACAUCACUUGGUAUAAGGUAACACUUUGUUCUGCAGCACACAAGGAACGUUAUUUUGCCUUUCUUCCCCUAAAAGCCUGGCUACAGGGGAGAGUUCGAACACAUUACAGUACUGCCAGAAUUGAAGCUACAUUCUGUAAGGCUUUGUACAACACUGUCUAGUGAGACAGUCCCUGCUCUGAAAAUCUUAUUUUAAAUUGACAAGGCAGACAAAAGGUUGGGUAGGAAAACAGGAGUGAUGUGACUUCUUUGCCAUGGUAAUACACCAAGUUAGAGCCAGUUUGAGAAUGCAGGUCUCAACUCACAGUACUGGGCCUUGGCUACUAGACUAUAUUGCUGUCUUUAAUUCUGAUCCUAGCUACCCUGAAGCUUGUCUCUCCUGUACUUAUUAUUAUUAAUUAUUAUUACUGUGUAUAUCCUGUAUUGAUCUUCCUAUUAAUCUUCAUGGAUGGUAGAGGGGUGAGCCUGGGUAUGACCAGGCAAGAAGAAAGAGGAGGGUAACACUAACUGUCAAGCUCAAACGGUUUUCUAUUAAAUUUGAGGCCUGCACCUUUUUUUAUUAUGAAUAUGACAUGCAAUGGACCAUACACAAUCUGAAAUGAGGAAAUGAAUGUGUCUAAUAUGCACAAAUAUCUGAUGCAAUGAUAUAAGUCAGUACUGUGGAACUCCCAAGGUUUUUUUGGUGGUGGGAUUUAGAAUGUAGAAGAGGAGGAUGGGAGUACUCCUGAGGGCAUUCUGUACCAAAAAAUUAAAAAUUUUGCACAAAAAAAUAAAAAUUCUACACAUACUA